GUCUCGCCGAACCUCCUCCUCCCCCCGGGGAGCCAUGUGUUCGCCGUUUUCCUUGGAUACGAAAAAGGGGGGGCCCGCAGCCGGCCAUUUAUGUACUAGGCCCUCAUGUUGGCGGCGCAAACAUGGCUUGCAGAUACCUACCUACUCUCAGCUCGUCCAUCUCCCCCAUGGUUCUAGACGCGAACGCUGACAUACAUGGUAUCGGAUGUUUCGAGUUGGGUUAAGGCCGUUGCUGUUUAGCUCCGCUGUGGGAGGCGGGCAAGAGGGUGCACGCAAUGUUCCGGGAGCUUGGUUUCCCAUACAUCGUCCCCCUUUUCCCCCCCCCUUCCUGCCCUCUUCUUUGCUUCUUCCCUUCUUCCCUUCUUCCCCUCAACAUGCCCAUCCAUGCGUGCCAAUCCUUUUGCUUGUCUUUUCCGCCCAUAAACGCAUGAUGAGAGCUCAUCUCGCCGCGCUCCUGGCAGUAACUUUGGCAGCGGUAUCAGCACCGCUGGCUGCCGCCCAGGGCAUUUCCGCACUGCUUUUGGCAACGCCGCAAUGUGCUACGCCCUGCCUCUUCCAAGGACUGCAGGACGGUAACUGCAGCCUUGCGGCGCCGUCGACAAUACCCAACUGCGCCUGCACCAACCUAACGCUGCAGGCGACCCUGUCCGCAUGCGUCCAGCAGUCGUGCAACGUCACCGACCAAAUCAAGGCAGCCGGUCUGCUCGGGGAACUCUGCGCCGCGUUCCCAAAGGAGUCCAGGGGUUUCGAGGUUAAGCUGACGGCAGUUGUUUGCCUGGCCUUGACGGCCUUCAUCGUCCUGCUGCGAUGCAUCGCCAGGUGGACCGUCUCCAGCCGUCUCUGGUUAGAUGACUGGACGGCUCUACUCGCGACAGUCCUACUCAUCGCCCUCUGUUCGGUUAAGAUAGUUGGCGCUAGUCUUGGCUUCGGACUUCAUUAUUGGAACGUCCAACCAGCCAACGCAGCGCCAAUCUUCCAGAUCUUUUACACGGCCCAAAUCCUCUACAUCCUCAUACAGGUUGCCGCCAAGGUCUCGAUCCUGGUCCUGUUCGGCCGCAUCUUCACCGCAACCUGGCUGCGCCGUUCCGUGCUGGCCUGUAAUAUUUUCGUCGUCGGCCACGGCCUCAUCUUUAUAAUCAUUGUCAUCCUACAGUGCAUCCCGGUGCAGGCGGUCUGGGAAAGGGGGAUCCAAGCGAAAUGUCUCAACAUCACGGCCGUCACCUGGGCCGGCGCCAUCCUCAGUAUCGUCGAGGACCUCGUUAUCUUGUUUCUGCCGGUUAGGGAGGUGUUUCGACUGCAGCUGACCCUGCAGAAGAAGAUUGCAGUGGUGCUAAUGUUCAGCAUCGGUUCUUUCGCUUGCGUGACGAGUAUGGUGCGCCUGAAGUACAUUGUUUCCUUUACAAACUCUUUCGACUCUACCUGGGACAAUGUUGACGUCGUGACCUGGUCCAUUAUCGAAGUCGCCUGCGCCAUCAUUUGCGGCAGCCUGCCUACCCUGCGCCCACUCCUUCAAAAGGUCCCCGGCCUCCUGAGCUCCGUGAAGACGACCUCUCAGGCCAACACCGGUUCCAACAACAUGAACUCGUCACAGAAGCGCGCCCAGAGCGCCGCCGGCCACUCCCGGUCCAACUCCCGCCCGCUCCGGCACAGCCCCAGCGCCUUCCAAAAGCUCAACGAGGAGGCGUGGGCGGGCGCGGCGGCGAAGGAGCAGGGCUUCCAGCAGCAGCCGACAAAACCGCCAUACACCACUGCCGCCAUUAGGCCCAGGGGUGACUCGGCCACCUCGCUUGCGGGGCGGGGCCGGGACGAGUACGAGAUGGAGCCGUGGACGCCGACGUCGGACGGGGAUCAAAAGUCUAAAAGGUUGUUUAGGGUGUAAAAAAAAGCUUGGGGCGAAACGUCGGGAUUAAUAGUACCGUUAUCAUGUUUAACACACAAAAAAACAAUAACGGAAAAAAAUACAAUUCGAUUUUCAG